AUGGCACCAGCCUCUUCCAUAUGGUCCCGCAAACGGGACUUGGUCUACUUCCUCUUCUUUGUGAUUCACGUCCCUGUCAUCUUCCUCGUCGAUGCCGCACCUCUUCUUCCUUCUUUUCUCCAGACCGAUUUAUCCCACCAGUUGCGUGCUUUCUACAUUGACACCUACCAUGACAAGUUUUUCGAGGACCCGGCUCCGGCCUGGUUUUCGACUUUCAUCUUCAUGGAGAUGGUCUACCACACGCCACUAAGUCUGUGGGCGAUUUCUGCCUUACUACGAGAUAAUCCCCUUGUUCCCAUUCACCUGCUAGUCUUCGGCGUCCAGUCCUUCGUGACGUCAGUGGCCUGUCUCGUGGAGGUCUGGAGCUGGACUGACCGGUCCACCGACCAAAAGACCAACAUCACGUUCUUGUAUGCUCCGUAUGUCGCUUUGGGUGGGUUCAUGGCCCUCGACAUGGUCGGUCGCUUGCAGGGUCGUCUGCUGGGAAAGUCCAAGAAAGAGUAG